AUGGUCGCGCAGAAGAGGAGGUAUCUGCUUUUCGAGGUGCUUUACGGCGCGAAGCCCUCGCGGGCUGCCCCUGUCGACGAACUGGCCUCGGAGAUUAAGGAGGCCUUCGUUUCCCACUGGGGCGUAUUGGCUGAGGGCCAGGGCAACUUGCGGCUACUCUACUGGAGUCCUGCGAUUCACCUGGGCGUGGUCCGCUGUGCUACACACCUUGCGAGCCAACUUCGUGCCUCUCUGACGAUGAUGACCCUCCUGGGAGGUGUGCCCGUGCAGGUUUCUGUUCACCUGCUGACAGGAGAAGUGCAAAAUGCGCUUCGAUGCGGCAGAGAGCUGCUGCAUAGGUGGCAGCGGGCGGCGCUGGAGCGUGCUGGACCGGCCGAGCAAGCUGCCGUUCGCCAGGGCUUCGAGACAGAGCUCCGCUUGCUGUCCGAGGUGAAGUCCAGCCACGUGGCCGCCUUCGGCCGAGUUACGCUUGUUCCCGAUCGUGAGAUCCUCCAGCUUCCGGCACGAGCAUACCUGGUCUGCAGCGAUGCGGUGAGGGCUUCACGUUCCCCGUGUGUCGGGGAUAUGAAGCCGCGGACGCCGGGAAGUUCAGAGCGCCUUGAGCGCCGUCUGGAGGCAGAAAAGAAGAAGAAAGCCCUGGCCAAAGCCGCAAAUGGCUCUUCGGAGCCUUUUCCGGCCGCGGCGCCUCCGGCGCCUGUGGCGCUCAGGCGCCGGGCCUCCCUGGCCCUGCGUCAGGUGAUUGUGAGUGGGACGGAGACAGCGCUGAAGGUGAGGACCGGAGGCUUAGUUCAGGAUUUCUUGCGCAGAGAUGAGGAAGCAGGCAGACUUCUCGGUGACGAUUCCAAUCGCUGCUUAAUUGAUUCCUCGGGAAGCGAGGAUGAUGCGGGGAAGGAUGCAUCAACCUCGAGCGGGAAGGAUCGGAGGCAAGGCAUCUUCGCCGACCGUUCCUUCUGGCGCCGGGCCAGGCAGAUCGCAUGUUUCGAGUACACUUGCGAGCGGCUCCGGAACAACGUGAACACCUUCUGGAAGGAGCGGCUAGCAGAUGCCAUUGAUGGGCGCGAACGUGCCCGUGCACAGGCAAAAGAGAUUUAUUUGGUUGUGUGCCGUCUCCGUGGCCUUGAGGAGGCUGUGAACCGACAGUGCGAGUUGUUGGCCUUCCGGCAUGCCCUGCGUGACCGCCGAGAGGCGGAGGCCGCGCUGACAACGAAGCUCCACAGGCAGUUCCGUGCUGGCGACAAUGGGCCGCAUGCCUUCUGGAGCAUCUACCACAAGGAAGACAGCAAGUGGAUGCUUCCCGCACCGUCCUCCAUUACGGGCAAGCAGGAACAGAAGGAGCCCUACAAGCCAGCCUACAACAGGCAGCUUCCCGAUGCCAAGCUCGUUGCAAACCCCGGAGCCAUCCAGGAGUCAGAGCCUUCCAGCCACGGCCACGCCUCUCUCAACUCGAAGCGCUCCCAGGCAGCGCGCAAAGUCAUUCAGCAUCGGCGGGACAUCCAUCAAAAGCGCCUCCCAGCCGUGACUGAGGUGUCGUCCAAGCCGCGGCGGCCAUCCCUUCCCGAGGUGGAUCACUUCGACUUGGAGUCGCGCCCAGGUACUCGUCAGGAGCGAGGAUACUUUGACCUUGGCCGGUUUCUUGAACCCACCCGUCGAGCGAAGCGUCCCAAGGGCUUGCGUCCAGAGAGCCGAUCCGUACCGGCGCUGCCACAGCUGGGGAGUCGUGAGCGCGGCAGGCACGGUGGAAGCAAAGGUGGCAUGGGCGAGACGAUGGGCUCAACGACCUCUUCGGGCUCUAGCUGGUGGAAUCCAAACGCAGAUGCCAAGCCGCGACGGAGUGUCAUGGCGCCCGUGCUGGAGGAGUCUGCCAUGAGCGUAUCCAGGUCACUCCCAGAUCUCGCCCGGCCAGCGCUGAGAAUGCCGCCCUUCUCCCUCGAGGCAGUGGCGGAGCCCUUCAUGCAGCCUUGGCAGUCCGAGGUUCGCACGCAGACUGGAACGCGAGAGCCCGAGGCAGAGGAAGAUUCUGCCACGAUGCACUACAUCCGCGUUUGCAAUGCAACCGGCGUUGUGCCUACCGCUGCGGUGCUGGACAUGGUGCGCAGCCAUGCCAUCAGCAGCGGAAGCGAAUUCUUGUUGGAUGAUGAGCUGCUGGCCAUGUCGACAAUGAUCCGCUAUUUGGACAGAAUCAAAGAAGUAGGCCUGGCGGGAAGCACCCAGCUCAGCGAUGCUGUCCUCAACACCUUUUUGCAGAAGCUGUUCGGUCGACCGGCCAUGGAUUCGCUGGAGAAGCUGGACCUUGCACGCUGCCGCGGCGCAGGUCCGAGGGCGAUGGCCACCAUCGUUGGCUUGCUCGGGGAGAGUAGUGGCCUCUUCAAGCUGAGACACCUGGACGUCAGCGGCAUCAAGAUCUCAAGCAACACAUUGACAUCACUCUGCAGCGCUGUGCAUCUGCAUCCGGCCAUCAGAUGUCUCCGGCUUCAAGAUACAGGCCUUGGCCACCAUCCUGCAGCCGCGAGCUGCUUGCAGGAUGUGCUCAAUGCACCGGCGCUGGAGGUCCUGGGCCUCGGUUGGAACAGCUUCUCUGAAGAAGCGCUGCGGUCGCUGGGUGACAUGCUCGCCAGCCACAAGCGACUACGCGAGCUCCACCUUCCAAAUUGUGACUGCCGUGCGCGGGUGGUCUCCCAGCCCUCCAUGCACAUCUUCCUUGAAGGUUUGGGACGGAAUAGCAGCCUCACCAUGCUGGAUCUCUCCAUGAACCGGCUGACAUCGAUAAGCGCACUGGUCCUGGAGGACUCCUUGGCUAAGCACACCAAGUUGCAGGAGCUGUUCGUGGGACAGAACCCCUUUGGCGUGCAUGGAUUGAGGUGCCUCUUUCGCCUGCUGGGACAACCUACCUGUGGCCUUAAAAUGCUCGAUGCCGUCGGAUGCCAAGGUACCAGUGACGAGAGCCGCUUUGCAGAGGGCCACUGUGGCUACCGGGCGAGCGAGCCCUCAGGGCACUACAAGCUGGAUCUGACUCUCUGCCAUGGCAGGCGCACGCAAAUCGUCGGGUAG